UUGUUGUGUAUAUUUCUGGUUUUCGUCGUCUCUCAAAGCGGCGGUGGAAGCUCGGUUUGAAAAGAGGAAACAUAAACCCUUGUGGUUCACUCAUCAGCGCGGUGCCAAAAAUGGAGAGAAUUCAUUGUUUCCCCAUCUGGCCAGAUCUCAACUUUUCUUGUGUCAUUCAUGACACUUUCAAAGUUGAAGAAAUUUCCUUAUUCAGGAAGUACUUAUUGUUGUUUUGGCUUCAAGGGCAACAGAUUAUUUGCUGCUUCCAUUUAUUUGCAGCAGGUUAAUCAACAAGAAGCAUAUUAUGGAAGAGGGCAUGUCAAGCACGGUUUCAAACAGUGGGAUGAAAAUGAAUACUGUAGGAGGAGUAUCAGAUUCAAGCCUGGCUGCUAAUGACUCAACAGAUGGUGCUUGUAAGCGUGUGUCUAAGAAGUUCAAAGGAGUUGUUGAGCAGCCAAACGGGCAUUGGGGUGCCCAAAUAUACGCCAAUCACGAAAGGGUUUGGCUUGGCACUUUCAAUUCUGAGAUUGAUGCAGCCAUGGGUUAUGACAGUGCUGCACUCAAGCUUAGGGGUAGAGACUGCCAUCGCAACUUUCCGUGGACAGAAACCACCUUUGAAGAGCAGCACUUUCAGAAUCAGUACGCCACAGAAGUUGUGCUCAUCAUGAUCAAGGAUGGUUCCUACCAGACCAAGUUCUCAGAAUUUCGAAGAAGCCGGUCUGGAAUUGAGAGUGUGGGGGCUGAUGUUCAAUUUGGCAGCUUAGCUAGGGUACAAAGCAGCAACGGAAAGGGAGAGCUGUUGGAAGACUUUCUUUUCCAAAAAGAGCUGACGCCAAGCGAUGUGGGUAAGCUCAAUAGACUUGUGAUACCAAGUAAGUAUGCGUGUACCUACUUUCCCACUGUUUCUGAAGCCAUAAGGGGAAAGGUGGAGAGUUGCUCCAGCCAGCUGACGUUUUAUGAUAGGAUGAUGAGGUCAUGGACAUUCCGGUUCUGUUUUUGGAAGAGCAGCAAGAGUUUUGUAUUCACCAAGGGUUGGAGUAGGUUUGUUAGGACACACGAUUUGCAGGCCAAAGACACUAUCAGAUUCUUGCAAUGCCAGUACAAGCAAUCCGGGGACGGUAAUUAUAAGGAGCAGCCUCACUCAUUCUGCAUGAUUCAAGUUAAAAAGGAUGGUGGUCGAAGCAAUGAUGUGAGCUGUUUGGUUGAGAAUAAUGCUAAUAGUUACCAAUAUGAUGGUGUUAGGAAUGAUGGAGGCAUGAUGGAUUUGGAUUAUAAGUUUAAAGUUGAAGCUGUAAGCCCAAAUAUUCAUGAAGAUGAAGAUGGAAUCCUCCUGGCAGAUCAGAAGAAAUGUUUCAGGCUCUUUGGAGUGGAAAUCAGUGAUGUCGAUGUGCUUUCUUCGCAUUCGAUCAUAGUAUAGUUCACCCUUCAAAUGGUUCAGAAGUUUUUGUUUGAGCUUUUGCAGGGAAUAGGGUUAAGUAGGUUCUCAUCUGGUAUACUAAACAUGCAUCCUUUGAAAUUUAAGGAUGUGAGAUCAAGCUAACUGAUCAAUUCUUAAUUGACAUUGAUGUCAUGGAACUUUAAAUUUUUACUAUAACAUUAUGCAUGCAUAUGUUUGCA